CGCGCGACCCGACGCGUCCCUCGCGGAUCCACCGCGCCGUCCGCCGCAUCGAUCGCCGCCAUGGGCCUCGGAAGGUGCUCGUCGCCGGUGUACGCGGGUGUGGACGCGCGUUUCUGGCCGCCUCGGCAGGGCCGAGGGAAGGCGUCCUACCCUAGGUCCCGAGGCGUCGCCGGCGACGGCGGCGCUCUCCUCGCGAGACGGGCGGGGCGCGGACGGCGCGGACGGCGCCCGCCGAGUCGUCCUUCUUCGCCCUCCGAGAAGGUGAAACUCGACCUCCGCGCUCGCCUUCCGUCGCCGGGACGCUCCCGCCCGGUGUCGCCUUUCCGUUUCGUUUACGUCGCGACGGACGAGCGAGGGCGACCUCCGGAGAGGCCGACGAGGAAGCCUCCCGAGGACGCGCCGAGGUCCUCGAAGGUCCUCGCUCGCGAGGUCGCCGGGAAGUCAACGACCUCUCGGUGCCGCGUCCUCCGACCUUCGCCAUGGAUACGGGAGCGAUCGAUGCGGGGCAACGUCCUUGGGGACUCGCCUCGAAGGUUAAGGUGUGACCUUGAAACCGGGGAGACCCCAGGACGAGAGGACGUCGCCGGUCCGCUCUCCUUCUCCCUUGACGUCCUUCGAACCGCCGUCGAGGCGACGGACCCGAGGACUCCCUGAACGACGGUUCGCUUCCUCGGAGGUGUGGUGACGAUUCGGUGGUUCCGCGAAGCCCGACCCGUGACCUCGACUCCGGGACAUGUGGAUACGUGAAGAAAACCGCCGCCGUCGACGAGGACGACCGGUCCGGAGAGCUAUGGAGGACGACACCGAUGCCACGAGCGGGGACGGCGGGGGCGACGUCGGCGUCGACAGUGGCGGGGGCGGGGGCGGGGGUGGCGGCAACGGCAACGCCAACGGCGGCAACAACGGGGGUGAGGAGCAGGGCCUCGAGCAGCUGUCGGCGGUGGCGAGACUGAAGCAACUAGCCCUCAGCAAAACCGGAUACGAACGGUUGAUGACCGGCCGGGUCCUGGAGGAGAUCUUCAGGAGCGCCGUCGACUACAUGACCGAACUCCCCAUCGACGAGAUCAUGGAGCCCGUUCAGAGCAUCAUCAAGGAUUCCGAGGUGACCGUGCGCUCGGAUCUGAUAGAGAUGCUCCCCCGAGUCGCCAUGAUCUGCCAGGAAGCGCCCGGGUUGUUCCCCAACUUCGUGAGCCACCACCUCUUGGGGAUCGUCCUGAAGUACCUGCGGGACUCGGAUAACCAGGUGCGACAAGCGGCGCAGGCGGCCCUGCUGGCCCUCCUGGAGCGGCACCUGCUGGACAAGGACUCGAUAGAGCACGUCGUCUGCCCCGUCCUGAUGGAGCUGUCGCAUCAGGAGGUGGAGUUCAUAAUAUCCUCCAUCGCCCUCAUGAGCAAGAUGGCGCUGCUCGUAGGCCGGGAGUUUACGGAACGGGUGUUCCUGGACCGGUACGUUGUUCUCUGCUCCCACGUUAAGUUCCUCGCCAGGAAAGCCUGCGCCAUCCACAUCGGAGGAUUCUGCGCCGCCGUUGGAAGGGAAGUCGUGGAACUCGUCCUGCUGCCGAAGUUCAUCCAACUGUGCAAGGACGACGUGUGGGGGGUGCGCAAGGCCUGUGCCGAGGUCAUAGUCUCGGUCUCCUACCACGUCUCGCUGGCCCAGCGUCGCUCGAUCUUGGCGCCGAUAUUCGCCACGUUUCUCAAGGACGACUCCAGAUGGGUCCGGAUAUCCGCCUUCCAGAUGCUCGGUCCCUUCAUCUCGGCAUUCGCGAACCACUUCACCGGGCUCAAGUACAACCAGUGCGGCGAGCUCGUCUUCACGAAUCAGCAGGGUGCCGAGCUCAGGUACAACGUGAUAUCGUACUCGCCCUCGGUGAUGGACGAGUCCUGCCAACCGACCAUGCACCAGCCCUGCGACGAGGACGAGGAGGAGGAAGAGGAGGAAGAGGAGGAGGACACUCGGGAGAAACCUCGACAGACCGUGAUAAUCCAGAACCAGUCGAGCCCCUCGGAAGAGGUGUCCAUAGAUGUAUGUAUGGCGAACACCCGUUACCAAAAGUCGUUCCGCUCCAGGAGGAAGGUGGAUAAGAGUCAGCACUGGAGCGACCCCAGGAGCGACCUGCAGCCGGCUACCGAGCUCGACAAGUUCAACCCAUUCCUCUACUAUUACGUGUCGCCGGAUCUGCCGCUGGAUCUGGACCUACUCAGGGCCUGGAAACCCAACAGGGACCCGAAGCCUCGGUGGAAGACGAACGCCGGGUCGAAAAAGUCUGCGGAAGAGGAGCGGAAGAAGUCGGAGAAGGGGGACGAUGCCGCCAAGGCGAAAGAGGAGGACCCCAAGCCGACCAACCGCUCUGAGGAGGAGAACCCUGCCAGCGAGGAGGAGAACGACUCGAUCGGUCCACAGGACACAUCCGAGGUGCUCAACGAUACCGUGGACAUCGGUAACGUCUCCGUAGAUAAGAACCUUACCUUCAAGAUCGUCACACCAAUGGAGGUGAAAUUGGACGACAUGAGUCAAAACGUCGUGCCGAGGAUAUUGAUAGACUUCUUCGCGUCCAUGGCCGACUCCACCCAGACGGGAGAACUCGGAGUGGACGUGUCCCAUCAUUGCGCCUUCACGUUUCCGGCCGUGAUGCUAACAUUGGGCAAGAAGAACUGGCCCCUUCUUCGGCACGCCUACUACUCGCUGGCCAACGCGAUGCCCUGGAAGGUACGGCGCACCCUGGCCUCCGGCAUCCACGAGAUAGCGAAGAUCCUCGGCGAAGAGCUGACGGCGAGUGAUCUACUGCCCAUUUACGACGGCUUCAUCAAGGAUCUCGACGAGGUGCGAGUAGGCGCCUUGGAGCACUUGGCGACCUUCCUCAAAGUCCUCAGCCCGAAGAAGAGGACCGAGUACUUGCCGAGGCUUAACGACUUGUUGGUCCCGGACAAUCAGUGGAAUUGGCGGUUCCGGGAGGAGCUGACCAAGCAGCUCUUGGAGAUCGUGUCUCUGCUCGAUCCUUACGACGUGGCGCACGACAUCGCUUAUUUGGCCUAUCACCUCCUUGUCGAUAACGUCGCUGCCGUCAGACACGCGGCUAUCUCCUUGGUUACUCAUAUACUCUACUACCUCUCGGACGAUCGGGAUCUGGGGACCAAAGUGAUCCACGAGCUCUGGGACCUCUUGAUCAACCAUCCCGAAAAGUGGACUCGCCGGCAGACUUACGCCCUCGUCUGCGCCGAUUUGCUCGAAACCACGGCCAUCACGGAGGAAAUGUUCGUCAAGGAGAUGUUGCCUCACCUGAUGAAGCUUUCCAUGGACACGGUGCCCAAUGUCCGGCUCGUCGUAGCCAGGACGUUGGCCACGCAAGUCUGCAAUAUUUGCCCCGUAGUUUUGCUGGAGAAGGAUGCGUAUGCCGUCAGGGAGAGGAUACUACUGUUACGCAAAGACCCGGAUCGCGAUGUUCGCGUCUUGGCUGGAGGUUGCGAGUAGGAACUCGUCGCUCGAGAAUAACACGGUCUACGACGUGCAGUGAUCUCGUCUCGUUGCUCGACCGUCGAAGAGUCGGCGUGAGCGAUUGCAAUGGAAAGGAAGAAAAAAGGAAACGAACCCGCGUACGUUUAGGAGAACAGGAUAAAUGUCUGUCGGAAAUGCGUGUACUAUAAAAUGACGCGCGCUUGUAACUCUACGUAUUCUACGCAGACGUCUACCCUGUUUUUAUAUCGUGUCUAGGCCCAUGACUGCAUCGUCCUCAAGACACUGGAGCGACCUUCGUAAGAGUUCCGCAUCGAACUAUCCGGUCCUCUUCCGCGUUUUCUCCUCUUUUCUGUCUUGGAUUUAUCGACGCGUCUCGUCGAGCAGAUUUUUGUUAAUGUUCCUCUGCUUGCAAGAUCGAGAAGCGGAGACAGGGACAACGAUGUCUAUCGCCUAAGGUAUGGACCGUUCGAGCCGUGAAAUUCCAGGCUUUCGCGUAAAGAAAUUGCGUAAACACCGCAUAGGGCGAUGCGAACUCGAUGAAACGUUUUAAUUGACCGUUGCGCUUCUGGAAUGUCAUUUGGAAGAUUUCCAGAAGCUAACGGAUGUGCGCAAAGAGGUAAAAACGGAACGCAUAGGAUCUUUAAUUUGAGGGCCAACACCUGUUCAGAAUGGAAUGUCCGUUGUGCCGCGAAAGGGUCUCCUGUUCGAUAUCUUAUAUCGGUUAUUGUACGGACGUACGGUUGCAAACAGGUCUAACGUCGAUACAGGGCAAUGUGCCGAUCUUAAACGUAACGAAACGAUGAAACACCAAUUUUGUAUUUCUUAGUUAAAUGGCUUGGGUGAGCGACGCGCAAUGCCGGCAUUAAGUGUCGCAUAACGGGCGGACGUCUAGUGUACCUCGAUGUUACGAUAAGAAUGUCCAGUGCCUUUUGUUGGCACCGUUUUACAUCGGUUGUCCUGAGGGAAGCACCUUAAGAGUUGGGCAUACGAAGUUCUCAACUUGCGAGCCACCGUCGUAAUGGGAGCAAUGGGUCGCGAUUAAGGUGCCAAUAUGGCCAUCUCCGUCCACCCGAAGCAACCUUUCCCUCUCGCGUUCGCCUAAAAAGGAAGAGGUUUUACUUAAUUGCAUCCGAGAUGCAUUUCUUCGAUGAAAUACGUUUUAAUCUAGAGAAGUUCGAUCCUUUCCUUUCCUUUGUACGUCUGCUUUUACGGACGAUUGCCUUGUAAAUGCUCGCGGUGAAUCCGGAGGUGCGGACAUUUGGUUCGAACGACGCGAAAGAGUUCAAGUUUAAAGAGCGAAUGGUAGGACGAGAACUCCAGAGAAUUAAAUUUUUCUCGGGGCAACGAUACGUAUAAAGUAGGAAGGAACGAUUCGGUGCUGCGCGGAAAUAGUCGCGCUCUACGUGAAUCUGUUCCUCCAGCAAUGUACAUUAUACAUUAUACGUGGGUUUGUUAACCACGCGGAUGUCGCCAUUUUGAAAUUUUAUACGCAGAUGCUAGUUACGACUUUAUUGCCAAGCGACACCAAGCAAACCCGUGUCGGUAUAACCACUCGCGAAUGUCCCUGGACACAUACAUAACCCUGUCGUAAACAAUUAUCGUUAAGCGAAACGCGAAAUUGACGUUUCAUCGAGAACUACGUCAUUCGGUGGUGCCGAGUCGUCUUUUCCAUCCGGCCACUCUUGUCGAUCAACAAUUGCGACGAUAGUGGCCCUUGAGUUAGGAGAAUCGAAGAUAAAACGAAUAUUGUGUAUAUUGUGUAUUUGGUAAUGAGUUCAACAUGCUAAAUAAACAGCAAAUCGAUUUGUUA